ACCGAGCAACGCCGCCAAGAUCUCACUUUGCCUUUUCUCCCCUGGGUCCAAAACAUGCCGCGCUCUCUGGACGGGCCCACUGUCCCCGUAGCAUCGGCGUCCCUCGCGUCGCGUGCGCUCUUUACUUGGGUCCUUCCGCUGCUUCGGCUCGGUCACACGCGGCAGCUUGACCAAAGUGACAUGUGGCCGCUCGAAGCCUCCAAUGCUUGUGCCGGUGUCAUCCCGUCGUUUACACCGACGUACGCCGCGACCGCGUCUCUUCUUCGCACGUUUAUUCGCCUCCAUGGCCGGCGCUUUGCGCUCAUCGGUCUCGCGCAGCUUUUGCUCGUGCCAUGCACCCUCUACGGGCCCUAUGUGCUGCACCAAGUGCUCUCGACGCUCGAGUCGCCCGCGGAUGGAUCGUCGUCUUCGUUUCUAUGGACAACGCUUGGUAGCCUCUUUCUCGUUCAAGUCACCGCGGCGCUGCUCUCGGCUCACACCGACUACCUCGACAAAGUCCUCGUCGUGCGCCUCACGGCCGGCUUGCAGCACCUGCUCUUUGAAAAGACGUUGCGCCUCGACGCGACGUCCCGGAAGCGCAUGUCAACCGGCGACCUCACCAACUACUUUACGUCCGACAUCAGUGCCAUUUUGCGCGUGACGUUCUACGUCCACUACCUCUGGCUCAUGCCGCUGCAGAUCGUCGUCACGCUCGUCUUGCUCUACAAAAUCAUCUCGUGGGCGACCUUUGUCGGUGUGGCCAUUCUCGUCCUCGGCGCGCCUAUCACAAACGUCCUCGUCAAGCUCCGGUACCGUGCGAUGGACACGCUCAUGGCGCAAAAGGACGCUCGCAUGCGGUUUGUACAUGAAGUCGUGAGUGCCAUCCAGAUUCUUAAGCUACAAGCCGCCGAAGACGCCGUCUUGACCAAGCUCCUCGCGCUGCGGGCCAAAGAAGUGCAGUCGCUCCGACGCCUCUUUGCAUUGGCGAGCGCAACCAUCUCAAUGGCGUACAUCAUCCCUGCGACGGUCACGGUCGCGUCACUCGCCACAUACACGCUGCUGCUGCGUGAAGACGUGACGAUCGCCAAGGUCUUUGGUGCCCUCGCGCUCUUCAACUCGCUCUCAACGCCGCUCAACAACUUUCCGCACACCUUGACGUCGGCACUCACGGGGCUUGUCUCGGUGCGUCGCCUCGAUGCUUUUCUGGCGCUGCCCGAGCGACCGAUAGACCGUGUCCAGACGCCGUCGACGCUGCCUUCCGACCAGCUCGCGCCGCUGGCUGCCGACAAGGUUGCAAUCGCGAUCGAAGACGGUGCGUUUGGAUGGGACCCCGAAAACCCCAUUUUUGCCGACUUUAAUCUGCGCAUCCACCAAGGCGAGCUUGUCGUCGUCCACGGCCUUGUCGGCGAAGGCAAGUCGUCGCUCUGCUCGAUCCUCCUCGGCGAGCUCGACAAGCUGCGCGGGUCGGUCUUUGUCGGUGGCCGCGUCUCGUACUUUUCGCAGCAGGCGUGGAUUCAAAACAUGACGAUCCGCGAAAACAUCCUCUUUGGCAAGCCGUACGACCGCAAAAAGUACGCUGCUGUCAUUGACGCCUGCGCGUUGACAAAAGAUCUCGCCGCUUUCCCCGCCGGCGACCGCACCGAGAUUGGCCAGAAGGGCGUCAACCUCAGCGGCGGCCAGAAGGCGCGCAUUGCGCUCGCCCGCGCGUGCUACAACGACGGCGACGUGUUCAUUUUGGACUCGCCCUUGUCCGCGGUGGACGCGAUCGUCUCGAACGAGAUUUUCACCAAGUGCUUUCUCGGCCUCUUGUCCAAGAAGACGGUGCUGCUCGUGACGCACAACCCCGAGAUCAUUGCGUCCAAGCACAUCGACCGUACGAUUGAGAUCAGCAACGGCAUCUGCAAGCAAACUGUCAACACGGCCAAAGAAACCUUCGACUUGGCCCUUUCACCGCUCGCCGCGCACCCGAUCAUGUCGUACACCAACGAUGACGACGACGACAAUGACGUGAUGGAUGACGUGACCACGAUCUCGAAUGUCGCGCCGCACUUGCUCUCGCCGUCGCUGCGGUCGCCGUAUGUGCCCGGUGGCUUUCACGAGAUGGUGUACACGCCCCGGCAGAACGCCGACGGCACCUUUGAAGAGCCGCUCGUCCACGGCAAACUCGUCGACGAAGAGUUUCGCUCCGAAGGCCGCGUCUCAUCCAACGUCUUUGGCGCGUACUUUCGCGCGGCCGGUGGGUGGCCGGUCGUCGUGCUUCUGCUCUGCGUCCAGUCGACAUGGCAGGGCCUCGCGGUCUGCGGUGACCUCUGGCUCAGCAAGUGGUCGGCGUCGUCGGCCGUCGAGUCGCCCGACGUCUUCCAGGCCAACGCCGCGUGGAACGUCGGUGUGUACGCGUGCUUUUCGCUCGGGAGCGCGUCGAUCGUCAUGGUGCGCAUCCUCAGCGUCGGCUUUGCGGGUCGGAAGGCGUCCCGCGCGCUCUUUGACCAAAUGACGUCGGCGCUCCUCGCCGCCCCGAUGAAGUUCUUCGACACGAAUCCAACCGGCCGCAUUUUGAACCGGUUCGCGGGCGACUUUAACGCACUCGACGUCGGCGUGCCCUUCUCGUUCAUGUUUGUACUCGCUACGUUCUUCAUCGUGCUCUUUGCGAUGGGCACGACGAUCGUGGUCGUCCGGUCGCUGAGUUUUUUCAUUUUGCCGCUGUUUUACGUCUACUACCGCGUCGGGAGCUUUUACCUCCAACCGGCCCGCGAGAUUGAGCGCCUCGGGAAGGUCACGUACUCGCCCAUGAUCAACUUGAUCUCGGAAGCGAUCGACGGCGCGGUCGUCAUCCGCGCGUUUGGCGCCAAACAAGAGCGCCGCUUCCAGCGUCUUCACCACCGCAAUGUCAACCGGUACAACGAGUCGGUGUACGCCAAGCAGAUCGUCGAGCUCUGGUUCAUGCUCCAGAACCAGCUCCUCUCGGCCAGCAUGAUCCUCGUCAUCUCGCUCUCGCUUGUCUACGCGCGCGUGUACUUGACGCCCGGUCUUGUCGGCCUCGUCUUCAACUAUGCGCUCAACGUGCCGCUCAACCUCCAGUACCUCAUCCAAGACGCGUCCGAGAUUGAAAAGAACAUGGUGUCCCCCGAGCGCAUCAUCGAGUACACGCAGAUCCCACCGGAGGCGCCGCGCGUGAUUCCUGGCGCCGUCUCGACGCAGUCGUGGCCGUCGCAGGGCGCGAUUACGUUCAACAACGUCAGCUUCCGCUACAAGGAGAACGACCCGCUCGUGUUCAAGGACGUUUGCGUCGCGCUUCGGGGCCGGGAAAAGGUCGGCAUCGUCGGUCGCACGGGGGCUGGCAAGUCGAGCUUGACCAUGGCGCUCUUCCGCAUCAACGAGCUCGCGGCCGGGUCCAUCUCGAUCGACGGUGUCAACUGCGCAUCGGUCGGGCUCAAGACGCUCCGCGAAAGCAUUGCGAUCAUUCCGCAAAACCCGGUCCUCUUCAAGGGCACGCUCCGCCAAUAUCUCGACCCGUUUGACCAGUUUCAAGACGACGACCUCUGGAAUGUGCUGCGCAAGGUCAACUUGGUCGAACGCACCGAGAAGGACGGCUUGAGCAGCGACGUCGAGGAGAACGGCGAGAACUUUAGCGUCGGCGAGCGCCAAAUGCUGUGCAUGGCGCGUGCGCUCCUCUUGCGCGCCAAGGUCGUCGUCAUGGACGAAGCGACGGCGGCCAUGGACCACGCGACGGACCAGAAGCUGCAGCACGUGAUUCGCACCGAGUUUGCCGACUCGACGGUCCUCACGAUCGCCCACCGUCUCGACACGGUUUUGGACUGCGACCGGAUCCUCGUGUUUGACCACGGCCGCCUCGUCCAGUGCGACAGCCCAAGCACCCUCAUUGCCCAAGGCGACGGCAUCUUCUUUGAGCUCUGCAGUGAAGGCGGCUACCUCGACAAGGUCCACCAACAUGCAACGGCAUAGAGCAGAUAAUUUGUCGACUGUUCAUCUCAAACCGAAUCCCACGUCUUUCUUUGCA